GCGCAGCUGCAGCAUCUGCUAUUGGCUUGUUCUCUUGUCAGCGUCUCUGUCAGAGACUCACGCUGGCGCCCCCAGUUUCUGCGUGAAUAAAAAGGCAACCUACCGGCUGAGGUGGGGGUGGGGAGAGGAGAGGGAGAGGGCCAGCUAGGAAAGGCUAGGAAGAGUGGCUGGUAGCCUGGAAUCCCUUGAAGAGAGCUAGCAGACGAGAGAGGUCUUAGGAAGCUGAUGAACUAGAAAGAGUAGGGGAGACUGACCGGUAGCCAGCUAGGCAGACGGACGCAUGCCCGGACAGACAGAAGGCUCUGGAGAACUGAUAGGUUCAUUUUGCCUUUCUUUUUGAAAAGCAGGAUUUUGAUUUUUCUGUGGCGCCCAAGAGAGAAUGCUGGACUCUGCUACCUUCAGCUCAAGCUAAGAUUUCUCAGUUAGGAAAGAAAGAUCAGCCCAGUCCCGAGAGGGGGAGGGAAGCAAAACCCCCAGCCUCCAACCCCCUUCCCUCCCCCGGACCAAACUCGGGGACCAAACCCAGACCUUCCCUAACCAUCUGACUUCCUCCUUUCCUUUUUAGCAUGGUGGCUGUAUGGACAGUCUGACAGAACAGAGAUUGACAUCUCCCAAUCUGCCGGCCCCCCACCUGGAACACUACAGUGUUCUGCAUUGCACCAUGACCCUGGAUGUGCAAACUGUAGUCGUUUUUGCCGUGAUUGUAGUCCUCCUGCUUGUCAAUGUCAUACUCAUGUUUUUCUUGGGAACGCGCUGAAUGGAGUCCAGCCACCUGAGCUGUUGCGAACUCUCACUUUGAUUUCAUCCCAAGAGCCUCUGAGGGGGAAAAAAAUCAAGAGAGACAGUUUGAGACAGGGAAAGAGAGGGAGAGAAAGAACAAGCUUUCUUACUCAGGGGGGAAAACGUUUUGAGCUUCAACAUGGCCUCGCUGUGAUAUCUGAUCACUGGAGAUUCCAUCGUUAGUGCUGAGGCAGUAUGGGAUCACGUCACCAUGGCCAACCGGGAGUUGGCAUUUAAGGCUGGCGACGUCAUCAAAGUCUUGGAUGCUUCCAACAAGGAUUGGUGGUGGGGCCAGAUCGACGAUGAGGAGGGAUGGUUUCCUGCCAGCUUUGUGAGGCUCUGGGUGAACCAGGAGGAUGGGGUGGAGGAAGGGCCCAGUGAUGUGCAGAAUGGGCACCUGGACCCCAACUCAGACUGCCUUUGUCUGGGCCGGCCUCUACAGAACCGGGACCAGAUGCGGGCCAAUGUCAUCAAUGAGAUCAUGAGCACGGAGCGUCAUUACAUCAAGCACCUCAAGGACAUUUGCGAGGGCUACCUGAAGCAGUGCCGAAAGAGAAGGGACAUGUUCAGUGACGAGCAGCUAAAGGUCAUCUUUGGAAACAUUGAAGACAUCUACAGAUUUCAGAUGGGCUUCGUGAGAGACCUGGAGAAGCAGUACAACAAUGAUGAUCCCCACCUCAGCGAGAUAGGACCCUGCUUCUUAGAGCAUCAAGAUGGAUUCUGGAUAUACUCUGAAUAUUGUAACAAUCACCUGGAUGCGUGCAUGGAACUCUCCAAGCUGAUGAAGGACAGCCGCUAUCAACACUUCUUUGAGGCCUGCCGCCUCCUGCAGCAGAUGAUCGACAUUGCUAUUGAUGGUUUUCUUUUGACUCCAGUACAGAAGAUCUGCAAAUAUCCCUUACAAUUGGCCGAGCUCCUAAAGUAUACUGCCCAAGACCACAGUGAUUACAGAUAUGUCGCAGCUGCUUUGGCUGUUAUGAGAAAUGUGACUCAGCAGAUCAAUGAACGCAAGCGAAGGCUGGAGAAUAUUGACAAGAUCGCGCAAUGGCAGGCCUCUGUCCUAGACUGGGAGGGAGAGGACAUCUUAGACAGGAGCUCGGAGCUCAUCUACACUGGAGAGAUGGCCUGGAUCUACCAGCCCUAUGGCCGCAACCAACAGAGAGUCUUCUUCCUGUUUGACCACCAGAUGGUCCUCUGCAAGAAGGACCUAAUCCGGAGAGAUAUCCUAUACUACAAGGGGCGCAUUGAUAUGGAUAAAUAUGAGGUAAUUGAUAUUGAAGAUGGCAGAGAUGAUGACUUUAAUGUCAGCAUGAAAAAUGCUUUCAAGCUUCAUAACAAGGAAACCGAAGAAGUGCAUCUGUUCUUUGCCAAGAAACUGGAAGAGAAAAUACGUUGGCUUAGAGCUUUCAGAGAAGAGAGGAAAAUGGUACAAGAAGAUGAAAAAAUUGGCUUUGAGAUUUCUGAAAAUCAGAAGAGACAGGCUGCAAUGACUGUGAGAAAAGCCUCUAAACAGAAAGGUGUCAACUCUGCCCGCUCAGUUCCUCCUUCCUACCCACCGCCACAGGACCCGUUAAACCAGGGCCAGUACCUGGUCCCCGAUGGCAUCGCUCAGUCUCAAGUGUUUGAGUUCACUGAACCGAAACGCAGCCAGUCACCAUUCUGGCAAAACUUCAGUAGGUUAACCCCCUUCAAAAAAUAAUACCUAUAGGAAGGCAGAUAAUUUUAAAAUAAAUAAAAUUAUAUUUAUAGAUGGACCUUUUUUUCGGAGAAGCACUGUUGAAAAUUUAUAUAUAUAUAUAUAAAAUGUGUAUGUGUGUGAGAGAGUGAGUGUGUGUGUGUGUGCGUGUGUGUGCACACAUACAUGCAUGCGCACACACAUAGACCUUUACGUAUACACAUGUGUGUGUGUGGGCAUGUGUGCACAUAUGCAUGCACAUGCAUGCACACAUACAUACAUAUACACACACAGAGGAGGACCAAAACCAUUUUCUGUUGUUUUGGGGAAUUGAAAUCUAUAGUUGGUAAGAAGUACCACUGAUUUCCAAACAUGUAAUCACUUCUUAAAAUUUUUAGUUCUUAACCUUGUUCCUCUCCCCCUUACUCUUUGUUCUUUUUCCUGUUAAGAUAACUUAUUCGCUCCUCUAGUUCACUGACCUGUCAUUAUUACCAUAGAGUAUUUACAUUGUUUUAUUCCCCUUUCCUUAUGCUACUGAUGCUGAUAACUUUUGAAUUUAAUUUAUGUAGUGGGUUUGGGAUUUCAUUUCUCUCCCUGUCACUGUUCACUGAGAAGGAGAGGAUAUUCCCAUCUCCUGUUCCUCAUGCACCCAUCUGCAAAUGUUCCUGUAGCCCUGCAGUUAUACCAACAGCCUUUUCCCAGCAUCCUGUGUCCACAAUUGUGCCAGUCUAGACAUGCUCUGUUGUGCCCUGUGACUUAUCUGCUUGGUAUUUCUAUUGCUUUCACUGUUUUAGGUAUUGUGGAAGGAUAUAAAACCAAACAGAAACAAAGGAGUGAAAAAAAAGUAAUGAGAGUAGAGAAGUCUUCUGUUAGGGGGAUAGUUUUUAUUUAGGUGAUUUCUUCUAGCACUGAGAAUUCCCAUGUUACAGCAAUGCUAAGCCAUAGAAGGAUUUCACCUAAGAGUUAGUUUGGGUCCAUUAGUCUCUUUUUCAAGCCUCUUUUAUUAUGGAUCUCCUUUUCAGCCUAUCUCUUCCCUAGGCAAAAGGUUUAACUAAACUAGUAACGAAGAAAUUGAGACUUUGCAUCAUGGGGAAGAGAUUUAUCUCCACCCCAUAACCCAUAGAUAGUAGGUAGGUGUCAGGUAGGGCUCUCUAUAUAGUGUUCUGGUCAUCCCUGCUUCCAUUUUCAGAUUCAUAAGGCAUCACUGUUAGAAGUUUAUGGAGGAGUUCAAGAGAAAAACCUGCUUGGCCAAGUUCAUUAGCCACCUUCAGAUUAACCUGAAAAGAGUUCAAGGUUGACAACUACAUCAUAUAGGGACCAUCAGGAAAAGAGAAAGGCUUGAUCUAAGAUAAUAUACCUGUAAUUUGCAUCACUGACAUUAUAAGAAACAUCCCCAAUUGUUAGCAAAUUGCAUGGAUAAUCUUCUCUGUCUCCUUCUUUGCCCUUACUGUCUUCCUGGUAGAGGAUUAUGAGUAUUGGCAUAUUAGAGCCAUUCUAGCACUCAAAGUAGCCUUUGUUCCUGACAGACUCCUAUCCCAGGACAACUGAGGCAAGUGAUAGAGAAGCCUGGGGCUACCUUAACAUCUGAGGGAAAAAAAGAUCUGAGGUAGAACACUGAAGUUAAUUCUUGUCAGGUUUUCCAUUUGACCAGAAUGUUUCCCACAAAAAUCAGAAUCCCCAUGAGUACAAGAGUGCUUAUUCUUUGUCAUUUAGCCCUUUGUAUGGCUAGAGAUUGGAGCAAGAAAACUAGAAUAUAAAGGAGUGUGAAAACCCACCCUAUCCAGGAAUCUGGAGAUUGAGUCUGUCCUGGACCUCACAAGAAAAGACUUUUAUAUAUAUAUAAAAUAAGCUUAUAUAUAUAUAUAAGCUUACCAAGCAGCAACCAUAGCUGUAUGAGGUCUUCAAUAAAGCUGAAUUUGUACUUCCUGACCUAGAUUAAGCCCUACCCCUGAGAUUCUUUCCCUAUGGAAAACAAAUUACACGUUGUUGUCAGACUUCGUAGUUAUCAAGGCUAGCUAGCAGAACACCAGGGCUCGGGACUGGCUAUCACUGCUCAGCAUAUGGUAGAGCUACAUAAGCCCUUAUGGCAAGAAAUCUGGUAUCUAGCACAUGGACUACAAACUGAAAUGUGGCAAACUGAAAUGUGUUUCACUUCCUAUGCAGGCCUCCCUUAUUGUACCUUCAUUUCCUACUUUCGACCCACUCUCACUAGGCUUGGCCUUGGCAACUUUCUCCAGUGGUUAGGAGCACACCAGGAGGGCUUGUUUUGAAAGGUUUCUAGAUCUAUAGUAUCUUUUGGCCAGACCCUCUCAUUCUCUUCCCCUUUCUGAGUCCAACAUUCAAGGCUCCCAGAUCAGGGGUAUUACCUCUCAUCAUCCUGUUUCUCCAUCCAGUCCACUGGCCUAACAAGAUGUAAUAAUUUGUGAAGGCACUAUCAAUUCUGCUCUCCUUUGAUUGGAAUGCCCUGCUCCACCCCCACACCUAUGGCUCAAAGUAGAUCAGUGGCCAGUAGCCCAAAGGGAAACAUUAAAUCCCUGGACUCAGUAGCUAAACCUGUUGCAUCUCCACAGCCAUAUAAUCCCUUCCCCCAAACUUUAUAAUUUUCCUGUUUCUGCAUGCCCCUGUACUCCCCUUUCCUCAAUUCAAUGAGGCCUGAAUUUUCUUUCCAAAAGAGUUUUGGGAGUUUGUUCUUUGAGUUCUACUGUAGGGAGGUCCUAAAUACAGAAAUACAAUUUUUCUCUCUUUCUCUCACCCACUUUCUAUGUGUAUAUCUUUAAUUGAUCUAUUAAGGACAGCAACAAGAGAGUUCUAACAAUUCUAGUAUGAAGCCAAAUAGUGAUAUUUUAGUGCUUUGGGGGUGGGGCGGGCUGGGUGAAUAGAUGGGCAACAGUGAUUUUGACUACCCCUGCUGCUCUGCAUUUGCCGGUUUAUUCUUUUGUUUCUAUUAUCUGACUGUUUGACUCUGUCAAACAAGUGUCAAAAUUGUGUAUUUGGAAAUGUUUAACAACAACAACAACAAAAAAAAGAUGUUGUAAUGACAUAAAGCCUUAUGAAAAUAUUUAUGGAGUUCAAUAAAAGAAGUAAAAAGAA